ACGCUCUUUUUAGUUGUCUUCUUAACCCAUAGCCUCUAUUUAUUGAAUUAUGCUGUGAGUCUUUGUUUGUUUGGUGCAAUUUUUCCCUCGUGAGUUUAGUAGCUUGUUUGUCUCCAUCCAUACCUUGUGCUACCUUUGUGUCUCACUCUCCAUAUUUAACAACUUGAGGAUAAUUGGUUUUAAAGCAGUUGAGCACUCUCCUAUGAUGAUAUCUUUACUAUUAACAUUUUUAUGAGACAGCGAUGCAAUUGUUGUAAAGCAGUCUAUUGUUAGUGGCACAAAUAUCUUCUGUAGUGUUUUUGAGGAGUUCAUUGUGCAGGUGGCUAGAAGAUAUUUGGAUGUGGAUGAUUACUUCAAGGAUGCUGUUUUUGGGAUUUCUAUGGAGGGAACCUUUGUUGAGGGAAUAAAGGAAGAGGUUGUACUCUCCCCUGCGCAUGCUCUGUCCCUUAUAGCUGUCGGAGAAGUUUAUUCCUCAAAGCACAUUCCAACAAAGCCAGCAACUUUCACACAAGAAGAAGUGGCUCUUCAAUUUCCCAAUCCAGAUUACAAAUUUUAGAGGGGCAACUCAUCAGCCUUUGUUGAAACGUUAUGCUGACAUCACAGCCUAUCAUAAUAAAAAGACUAUUUUGCAAUUAGUAGCCACUAUCUAAAUUGCUUCUUAGCUGGUAUAUUUGGAAUGGGAUUCUUGGAAGCUGCAUAUGUGGAUAACGGUGCUGUGGAUGUCCAAGAAAGUGCUAAGAAGGAACGUGAGCGAAUUGAGGAGUUGCUUAGAAGUAGAGGAAUUAGAUAUGGCUCUUACCCUCGUUUCACUGUUUACGUUAAAGGCCAAAAGGUCAGUAUUAAGUUUCAAAUUCCUCCUAAUUGUGAAGUUUCACAACUUAUCGCAAAUCUUACUGCACAUCUUGGAACAAAAGCUGAAGGCCAUGGUGGUGGUUCAGACAUGUUAUUACGAGCUUGGGACAGGCUCCAUGAGGAGUUCUUUCUUCGAGGGGAAGUUAUAAUGGAACAAGGAAAUGUUGUGGAUCAACUAUAUUUUGUCUGCCAUGGAGUAAUGGUUGUUUGGAAUUAUUAUCUUCGAAGGCCGUUCGCAUGAUGAAAUUGGUGCUUAAUGGUGUGGAUACGACUUUCAUUAACCUCAUUCAACUUUGCUUAAUUAAAUUUGACUUCACAUGUUUUUAUUAAGUUAGCCAUAUAUAUUUGUACUAACCACAUUUUGUUAGCAAAAAAAUAAAGAAUGAUUGCUUAAAGUUAA